AUGCAGAAUAAACGUGUGGGAAACAUUAGCGAAAUAAAAGGGGGUAAUACUUAUGCACUUUUAUCAAAAUUAGAAUCGAAAAUCACAUUUCUUGAUGAAAAAGAUGUUGUAAAGCACGAGCAGCUUGUUAGAAACACAUUUUCAUCUACAUGGAAAGGUUUAUGGAAGGGCAAAGAAGUUUUUAUAAGGGAACAUAAUAUUAAAAAAAGGAGCAAGGAAGAAUUUUUUGACCAAGCAAGAAUCAUGCACAUGCUACACCAUGAAAAUGUAUUGAAGAUACAUGGAGUGAUUUUAUCAACUCCAAUCUGUAUAAUCACUGAACACAUAUCAUGUGGAGAUUUAAAAAGUUACAUCAAAGAGCACAAGUCACUAACUGAUGUACAGUUGUUUACAUUUGCAAUCCAGGUUGCUUCGGCAAUGAUUCAUCUGGAGCAACACAAAGUUAUUUAUGGAAAUUUACAAGCAACCAAUGUAUUGCUUGAUGAUACUGGAACGUGUAAACUAGCAGGUUUUGAUGUUGCUCUCCAUGCAUCAUCUGAAAAGUGCAACGUUUCAAAUGUUAAUUUUCCAAUAAGAUGGUCAGCACCAGAAGUGAUAUGUGGCAUAAUUUGCUCCAAGUCUGAUGUAUGGAGUUAUGGGAUUUUGUUGACUGAAAUAUUUUCACAAGGUGAUCAACCUUUUUCAGGUUGUACUUGCAACGCGGUGUUGUCCAUCAUACAGAGAGCCAAGAGAGGUAUAAAAAUUACCAAAGAUUUAUUUCCGAAUCCACUUCAACCAUUCUCCGAUAUGUUAUAUGACCUCAUGCUAAAAUGCUGGAAAACUGAGCCAGAUGAAAGACCUACAUUUGAGUUCAUUAAAAUACAUUUGGAAGAUUUUAAAUUUGUUAUCGAAGAAUGUGGUGAAGAAGCGUUUCAGUUUGGAAAAACAAUUUUGGUUGAGGUUGAAAACGUUUCAAAUCAUUUAAUUCGGGAUCAACUGCUUUACCAAGCUAAACCAAAAACAGAGUUGGGAGUAAACUUGGAAGAUAUAAAACUUGACAAAGAUGAUGUUACCUUAAACAAAGAGAUUGGAAUUGGUUAUUUUGCAAAUGUGUACAAAGCCAACACAGUACAACAAGAACUGCCCGAUGCGCGACAGGGGACACGCAACAAUAAACCAACGGCAACAAGGGAACACGAGGAAUCAUUAAAACAAGUACGGGAAACAAGUCGUCAGUUAAAGAACACAAAUAACAAAGCGAUUGGUCUAGGGAUGAACAAUACAGAAUCUGUGAAAUCUUAA